UUGGGGAGGCUGUCUAAUAGAAACAUACAACCUUUGUUUGAGCUCAUCCUCAGAUAAAUAACUCAAAUCUUCAUUGAUUCUCCAGUUCUGACAAUUCCAUCACACGUCAGUCUUUGACGGACUGUCACUUAGGAAUGGGAAGCAACCAAUCAUGGGUCACAGAAUUCAUCCUAGUGGGAUUCCAGCUCAGUGCAGAGAAAGAAGAGCUCCUCUUCUGGAUCUUCUCCCUGUUAUAUAUCUUCAGCCUCCUGGCCAAUGGCAUGAUCUUGGGACUCAUCUGUCUGGACCACAGACUACACACACCCAUGUACUUCUUCCUCUCACACCUGGCUGUCCUUGACAUGUCCUAUGCUUCCAACAAUGUCCCCAAGAUGUUGGCAAACCUACUGAACCAGACCAGAACCAUCUCCUUCAUUCCAUGCAUAAUGCAGACUUUCUUGUAUUUGGCCCUUGCUGCUACAGAGUGCCUGAUUUUGGUGGUGAUGUCCUAUGACCGGUAUGUAGCCAUCUGCCACCCUCUCCAGUACACUGUCGUCAUGAGCUGGAGAGUGUGCACAAUCCUGGCUGUCACUUCCUGGUCAUGUGGGUUUACCCUGUCCAUAGUACAUGCAACUCUCCUUCUAAGGUUGCCCUUCUGUGGGCCCCGGGAUGUGAACCACCUCUUCUGUGAAAUUCUGUCUGUCCUCAAGCUGGCCUGUGCUGACACCUCGAUUAACCAAUUGGUCCUCUUGGCUGCCAGUGUUUUUGUCUUAGUUGGACCCCUUUGCUUGAUGCUUGCCUCCUACAUGCACAUCCUCUGGGCCAUCCUAAAGAUCCAGUCAAAGGAGGGCCGCAUUAAGGCCUUCUCCACCUGCUCCUCCCACCUCUGUGUGGUUGGGCUCUUCUUUGGCAUAGCCAUGUUGGUUUACAUGGUCCCAGACUCCAAUCAACGAGAGGAGCAGGAGAAAAUGCUGUCCCUAUUCCACAGUCUCUUCAACCCAUUGCUGAAUCCCCUCAUCUACAGCCUGAGGAACGCUCAGGUGAAGAGUGCCUUCCACAAAGCGUUGCAGAAGAAGAGGUGAGGGGUAGAUAGAAUAUUAGUUGGAUGGGGAUUUGCUUUUAAAACAUGUGGUUUGCUGAAGCAAAACUCAGAACAAUUUUCCAUUUGGAAGUUUUAUAUAAAAAUGCGAAUUGUUCUAAUUCUAGCUUUGAAAAUAAUGCAAAAUUACAGUGAACAAAAUAAUAUAUUAUUAUAAUUGACAUUGCUUUCCCACUGAAAACUCUAUGGAGUAUGCACCCAGUUGCUGGAUUAAAUUUCAUUGUUGAGAGUCACCUCUAUUUAGAGAGUGGAAGAGAUAGAAAAGCUAUUUUUCCCCUGGUAUUUGCAUCAUUUUCUUGGUAGUUUAUUGCAAAUCUCUGCUUUUGAAUGAAAAGCAAA